GGUUUUUUACGUAUUUUUUUUUUUUAAGACAAUUACUUUUUAGUUUCCGAAAGUUUCUCGUCCAAAUUACAAAAAUAUUAUAGUACUAAUGGUCAGCUUUAAUGCUAUCUUAAUUUCAUUUGCGUUUACUUGCGUCUCUAUUUUUAAACGAUUUAAAUGUUCUGAUGAAAAUACAAUUUUUUGGUAUUCUUUACAACACUUGUGACGAUGACGUGUACAAUGUUAUAUUAUAUAUUUUGGGCCAUAAUUUUUAUUUGAGAAACGACAAAUUAAUGUAUCAAAAAACUACUGAAAUGUUAAAAUAAAUUUAGCUAAAUUAUUUUUAAACUAAGUGGAAUAUUACAGACUAUACAUUUUAUACAUAAUCGUAGAAAAAAAAUAUCUUAAUCAAUUGCAUUUUGGUAUACUCAUACACAUUGUACCUUAUGUGGGUGGAUAGGUAAUUAAAGUUUUAUAAUAAUAUUGUAUAUUUUUAAAUAGCAGGAAGUAGUAGUGUUAAGCGGAAUUUUUCACACAAUGAUCUUGUAAGUUUGAUUCGUGGUGAUAAAAUAUUUCGUCCUACAAGUGUAAAAUCAAUUCUCAUUAUUUUUAAAAAAAUUCGGGAAAACUAUUCUGGGAAUACAUAUUGGUCGAAAGAAUAUGAACUGUUGGUUCGAACCAAAGUCAAAAACUUUGGUGUAGCGGUAUCAAAAAAAUGGAACGCAUGCUAUAGAAAUUAUAAAAAAUUUGAAUCUAAAAACCAAAUUUGGCUACAAACUGAAUUUGAGAUGCCUGCAACAAAAACUUUUAAAGGUGGAUGACCUUUGAAAAAUUUUUCCGAAUGUACGGAAAGAAGUAAAAAGUUUAAAGUUUUAUCUCUAACAAAAUCACAUACCUCACCUGAAUUAAGAUAUGCCCUUUCAACAAAAUAUCAAAACUCAGGGAAAAUAUGUGCUGCUUCUCUUUUAAAUCAAUUUACUACAACCCCAACAAGAGAUAAAAAAAUAAAGAGUGUAUUAAAAGAAAAAAAUUGUGAAAGAUUACCCGUUGCAUAUACUCCAGACGAAGCUUUAGCUUUUCUUAUUGAAAAUGGUUUGACUAAACAGCAAUACAUAAAUAUCAGACUUGGUGCUAUACAAAAAAAUUGUAAAAUUUAUCCAAGUUAUGAAAAUGUUAUUGAAGCUAAGAAACGCUGUUACCCGGAUAACUUGCAUGUUACAGAAACUAGCUGCAAAAUUCCAAUGCAAGACCUUUUAAACCACACCACAAAACGUAUUUGUUCACUUCCUCAAGUAAAGUUAGAAAAUGAAAUGACAAAUUUGGAAAUGCUGUAUAAGUGGGGAUGUGACGGCAGUAGUGGUCAGUCGAUGUAUAGAAUGAAAUUCAAUGAUUCGACAACAGAAAAUGAUAGCACUGUGUUUAUAUUUUCACUAGUACCACUUCUACUUCGCUGUUCAAUUAGUGACGAAAAUGUGGUUUUGUGGAAAAAUGUACGACCUUCGUCUACACAUUUUUAUCGUCCAAUAAAAUUUUUGUAUGAAAGGGAAACAAUAGAAAGUACGAAGAGAGAAGUAAAUACCAUCGAAUCAGAGUUGAAAAAUAUAUUUCCAACAGAUAUUUUAUUAGAAGACAAUAAUUUACUCAAAAUAAAACAUACUUUGAUAUUUUCGAUGAUUGAUGGAAAGGUAUGUAAUUCAAUGACGAGUACAUCUAGCCAAUCGUGUUACAUAUGUGAAUGUAAACCUAAAAACUUUAAUGACAUCGAUAAAGUGAUAAAGAUACCGACAAACCCAGAUAAUUUUAAGUUUGGAUUGUCCACUCUUCACGCAUGGAUAAGAUUUUUAGAAUGUAUUUUACACAUAUCCUACCGGUUACCAUUUAAAACAUGGAAGGUAAAGUCGGAUUCAAAUAAAACUGUGAUGGAACACCGAAAAAAAGAAAUUCAGGGCCGAUUUAAAUCCGAAAUGGGUUUAUUAGUUGAUAUUGUACUACAAGGUCACAGUACAACAAAUGAUGGGAAUACAUCUCGAAGAUUUUUUAGGGAACCAGAGAAAUCAUCAGAUAUCACCGGGAUUGACAUAAACUUAAUAAAAAGAUUUUAAACCAUUUUAGUAGUUAUGGCAAGUGGAAAAGAAAUAGAUGUGGAUGCGUUUGAAAUUUAUGGAAUAGAGACAGCAAGACUCUUUGUUAAGCUAUACCCAUGGUACUACAUGCCAAAUAGUGUCUUUAAAAUCUUACUGUACAGGGCUGACGUUAUUCGACAUGCACUUCUUCCAAUUAGACAACUUUCAGAAGAAGCGCAAGAGUGUAGAAAUAAAGAUUUCAAGAACUACAGGCAACAUCAUACACGUAAGAACUCGAGGACAAACAACAAUAUGGAUCUAGUUCAUAAAUUACUAUAUUGUGUCAACAUUACAAACAUAUUAUUCAAAAACUGAACUUCCUUUAGCAGAUGAUGCUAAAUCUCUAUGAAAAUGUGACGAUUUCAAUUGUGAUUCGGACAAUUCAGAUACUAAUCUAAAUAUGGCAAAUCCACUUGUUCAAAUGCUUUUCCAAAGAAACUGAAACAUUCAAAUUAUUAAAUAUAGGCUAUAAAUCAAACUUUUAAAUACAAAAUGAUGGUAAACUUAAAUGCAAUGAUUCUGUAAUUGGAGGAAUACCAACUACUACACAAGAAUCUUGACUUAAAUCUAGAACUGCUGAAGCAAUUAAGGUGAUCAGAAGAAAACAGAAAGUUCUAGGCGUGAUUGAAUUGUAUCCAUCACUAUCGCCAUUUCUAGAGUGAAGUAAUACAGAAUCUAAGAAUAAUAACAGCUUGAUGGACUAUGUCAGUGCUUCUCAAGCUGGGAGCCCUGGACCUCUAGACAUCUAGAGGGCCAUCGCUAUAUUACUGCAAGGCCGUAAAAUAUUUAUUUUAUCUUAACUAUUUUCUUUAGGCCUUAAUUUGUUAGUACUUAUACUUCUAUGACGUUUAAUACUAUAAUAAAGUUUUUUCAAAAGUAUAUUAAAAAAACAUUAAUUUACUAUGCAUAUUUACAGUUAAU